GGUUAUUAAAUUGAAACCCUCCCAUCACUGUGUGUCGGGGAGAAACAGUAUCUGCUGCAGUAGCAGGAUCAGCCUGUUGCAGAGCGCAGGAAGCAGACAGUCGUGCUGAUAUUUGUGCUGCUGUAAUGCAUCAAGUUGGUGAUUUGCAGGUCGGAUUGGGUGCAGAUUUUGAUUAACAUAUACUUUUGUUGGGCGGGCAGGUGGGCUGGCUCUUAUGAUGGGUCUGGUGAAUGCUGUAUAAAAAAAAGUUUCAUAAAAUAAUAGCCUGCACUUUGGCCACUGUGGCCCGUCGUUUCUAGGAAACACUUUUCUACAGAACUACGCGCUACGAAAUCCAACCGCUCGCACAUCAAGGGGGCGGUGCCGCGCUGUGCCAAAGCUCAUGUUCCGGGAGGAACGCGCCUUUUCAUUCAUUCAAAGGGCAUCGACCAUCCGAACACCUGCUCAGACUCUGAGAAACAACAGGAUGUGGAAUGAGAAGAAACAGAGUCCACCUGCUGACCGUGGUCAGGCUGUAGCCUUCAUCAUCUUUGUGCUCGGUCUGGGAACUCUGCUGCCCUGGAACUUCUUCAUGACGGCCUCUCAGUAUUUCAACGAGCGCCUCACAGUCACCAACAUCACCUCGAACGUCACAUCAGGAGCUGCCACUAAAGACUACAACUAUGACAGCUGGAUGGCCUUGCUUUCCCAGCUGCCCCUGCUGCUGUUCACUCUGCUCAACUCCUUCUUGUAUCAGUGGGUGAGGGUGCGUCUCCGUGUAGCCUUCAGCCUGAUCGGCAUCUUCAUCCUCUUCACCCUCACGGCCGCUCUGGUACGGGUCCCCAUGCAGCCGGACACCUUCUUCUCUGUCACCAUGGCAACCAUCUGGUUCAUCAACACCUGCAGUGCAGUGCUGCAAGGCAGUCUGUUCGGGGUGGUCGGUCUGUUUCCUCCUCGUUACAGCACCCUGUUCAUGAGUGGUCAGGGUCUGGCCGGGAUCUUCGCUGCAGUCGCGAUGCUCCUCUCCAUCUUCAGUAACGCAGAUAAAAGCUCGGCUGCGAUGGGAUACUUCAUCACUCCAUGCGUGGCCACACUGGGGACUCUGCUGUGUUACCUGCUGCUGCCACACCUGGAAUUUGCUCAUUUUUACCUGAACAGAAGUCAGUCUGAUAAAGUGGAGACGUCACAGGAGCUCCUCAGCAGCACAGACAAAAAAGUGCUAAAAAACAAUGAUAAAGAGCUCGAGGUCAAAGUGACGUUCAUCAGCGAGGCAGGAGAGAAUCAGGAGCGUUCCUCCGUCCUGGCUGUCUUCAAAAAGAUCUGGCUGAUGGCUGCAUGUGUGACGUGUGUGUUUGCCGUCACCCUGUCGGUAUUUCCUGUGAUCACAGUGCGAGUGCAGACCGUCUACCAGGACAACGCAGCCUGGAAAAAAGUGUUCACUUGCGUUUGCUGCUUCAUCGUCUUCAACGUCAUGGACUUGGUUGGCCGCAGCGCCCCGUCUCUCGUCCAAUGGCCUUCCAAGGAGAGCGUCCUGUUUCCUGCCGCCGUGUUGUCUCGUCUCGUUUUCAUCCCUCUGCUCAUGACGUGUAACGUGGAGAACUCCAGAUUCACCAUCCUCUUCGGUCACGACUGCGCCUUCGUCAUCAUCAUGGCCCUGUUCUCCUUCUCCAACGGAUACCUGGCGAGCCUCUGCAUGGCCUACGCUCCACAGCUGGUGCGGUGUAAAGACUGUGAGACGGCCGGCUCUCUGAUGACCUUCUUCCUCGUUCUGGGUCUGUCACUGGGAGCGUCAUUCUCCUUCCUGCUGGGAAAACUGGUUUAGACGAGUAGGCCACAUGAGACUUUAUGGAUCCUCAUGAGGGACUUUGGUCAGUGUCGAUCCAGGCGAAGCAGCUCCUGCCAUGAAACUUCAGUUUCAUCCAUCAAGACAAAAGAAUAAAUAUGAACCAAGUUAAAGCACUUUGUACUAAAACUAAUACUUCAUCAGCAUAUUCAGAAUAGUGAAGGCCCAUAUUUAGUCUAAACACUUACAUAAAACUGUGGAGAGGCCAGAUGAAAUAUUUUUUACACAUUUUUAAUCUGAAGACAGGACUACUACUUUGAAAGUCCUCUCCUUCCAAAGUUUUUGAAUUAAUAUCUCCUCCUCGUCACAGCUUCCACUGCGAUAUCUUUCUACCAUAUGACCACUGAGGACUUGUUUAUUACUGUGUUGUAUAUUUCAGGAAAUUAAAGGAGUAAUUUAUGCACUUCCUGCUCAUUGCCUUGUUUAAAGAUACAGUGGUUACACAGUGACACUGCACUCCUAUUGGCUACAAAGACAUCUGCGUUGACCACUGACAUAGAGGGACGAUGCACACAAGUCACACAUGGAUGAAUUUAAUAUUUUACUUUAUGUUACUGUAUCACUGAUCACUGAACUUCUGCUGUUUGUUUUUUCAGGUGUAAUUUAUCCUUUUGAAUUUUGAAGUUGUUUUAACUGUUGUUCUUUUUAUGUUCUACUGUUCUUCACAGAUCCCAGAUCAAUUUGUAAAAAUGACAUUUUUAAAGGUGUUUUUAUAAAUGGAGACAUCUUUUAUUUUCCUACCGCUUAUUUAUGUGUUUUUUGUACCACGAUGACGACGUCUUUCGCGAGAUUUUGUAUAAAAAAGUGAUUUUGUAAAAAAGUGAUUUUCUGCUUGCAUAAUAAAAUGCACAGAAUUGUC